AUGAAACUCCUCUUGGCUGUCGUCGGUCUAGUCGUGGCUGUUUCAGCCUACGAGCCCAUCAACAAUGACUACCACAACACCAUAGGUGUGUAUGAAGCUGCUCGUAUCAAACAAGCUGAAGAAUCAGCUGACUUCGAUGGCAGCAGGAUCACAGGAGGAAACUUCGCAUCCCUUGGUCAAUUCCCUUACCAAGCUGGUUUAAUCAUCGCGUUAACUGAUGGCAAACGAUCAGUUUGCGGUGCUUCUCUAAUCAGCAACACCAGAUUGGUUACGGCUGCUCACUGCUGGGUUACAUCUCAAGCUAGAGCUCGUCAAUUCACCGUUGUUCUUGGCUCAAUCCAACUUUUUUCUGGUGGUACUCGUAUCAACACUAGCAAUGUCCGCCUACACCCAAGCUACAAUAUGUGGAAUCUUGCCAAUGAUAUUGCUGUCAUUAUCAUAAACUCCGUCCGCUACUCCAAUAACAUUAGGAACAUUGGUCUCGCUAGUGGAAGCAACCAAUAUGUUGGUUCUUGGGCUACUGCAUCAGGAUUUGGCUAUUUUUCUGAGAAUUCUGGUGUUUCUACAAGCCUCAGACACGUUAACUUGCAAGUCAUCACCAAUGACGUAUGCAGGCGUACUUAUGGAACAACCAUCCUAGCUUCCAACAUUUGUGUCGCUACUCCCAACGGACGCAGUACCUGUGGAGGAGACUCUGGCGGUCCCCUGGCUAUUGGCAACACACUGAUUGGUGUUACAUCUUUCGGUCAUCGUGAUGGAUGCACUAUUGGACACCCCGCCGGUUUCGCUAGAGUCACAUCCUUCAACUCAUGGAUCCGAUCCAUCUAA